AUGGUGUUUCAAGUUCGAGGGACGCCGAUCGGCGCCCUCACCAUCUUCAUCGCUGCUCUCGCCUCAAUGGGAGGUUUCCUGUUCGGCUGGGAUACAGGUCAGAUAUCUGGCUUGCUCGAGAUGAAGGACUUCCAAAGCCGCUUUGCGACCAUCGUGGACCCCAACGCCCGCAGCGGCAAAGCCUGGAACCCUUGGAUCGAGGGUGUCGUCGUCUCGCUCCUCAGUGUGGGCACUGCCAUCGGUGUCAUGAUCGGAGCCCCUCUCGCCGACAAACUCGGUCGACGAUACGCCAUGGUUGUCGAGUGCAUCGUCUUUGACAUCGGUGUUAUCAUUCAAGUCACUUCCUUCCACGCUUGGUACCAACUCGCCAUUGGCCGUUUGGUGACCGGUCUGGGUGUCGGAGCGUUGUCCGCUGCGGUCCCGCUUUACCAAUCGGAGACGGUUCCACGACAAGUGCGAGGUGCCCUUGUCGGAACAUAUCAGCUGUUCAUCACGCUAGGUAUCCUGCUCGCCUACUGCACCAACAUUGGAACCCGAAGAUACGACAACUCGGCUCAGUGGCGAGUGCCCAUCGCCCUCGGAAUCUUCUUCUCCUCGAUCCUUGCUAUUGGUAUCUUGUUUUGCCCGGAAUCGCCACGAUGGCUCGCCGCCCGAGGCCGCAACGAGGAGGCCUACAGAUCGUGUGCUGCCGUCCGUGGUGCCAAGUAUGGCGACGGAAACCCCUGGGUCGAGGCCGAGUACCGUGAAAUCAUUGCCAUGGUCAAGGCAGACGAGCAGCUCGAGGAAGCCAGCUGGUUCGACUGCUUCACGCCCAAGCACAAGACACUCUACCGCACCCUUCUCGGUAUGACCCUCCAGGCUGGUCAGCAGUUCACCGGUGCCAACUACUUCUUCUACUUUGGUACCGCCAUCUUUAGCCAAGUUGGUCUCAGCGACUCGUUCGUCACGCAGAUCAUCCUUGGUGCGGUCAACUUUGCGUGCACCUUCCUUGGCCUCUACAUUCUGGAGCGAUUUGGACGUAGGUGGCCGCUCAUCUACGGUGCUGCCUGGCAGUCGUUCUGGCUGUUUGUCUUCGCCAUUGCUGGUGUCGUGGGUGGCCCGCGUCCCGACCAGAUCUCGAAAGGCGUUGGCCAGCUGCUCAUCGUAUCGGCGUGCUUCUUCAUUCUGGGAUAUGCUUCUACGUGGGCACCCGGCAUCUGGAUCUGGAUCGGAGAAAGUUUCAGCUACCGCACUCGUGCCAAACAAGCAUCUCUCUCGACGUUGGCAAACUGGGUGUGCAACUUCCUCAUCUCUUACUUCUCUUCGCCCAUCGCCAACGACAUCUACUUCUCGUACGGUUUUGUCUUUGCCGGGUGCAACUUGGCUAACUGCGUGAUUGCCUUCUUCUUCGUCUACGAGUCGGCCGACCUGACGCUCGAGGAUGUUGAUGCCAUGUACAACGACCCGAACUGCAAACCUUGGAACUCGACCAAGUGGGUGCCUGCCGGUUAUACGUCGCGCGACCAGAUCAAAGAGAAGGAUUCGGGCCAGGCCAUCGAGGUCGGCGAGUGGAGCAACUCUCCUUCGGCGCUUCCGGGCGAGCAGGAGAAGAACAAGGCCAACCCUCUUCGCGUGGCUUGA